CAGCAGAAGAAGAAGAGUUUGACUAUCUGAAGGCGCGUUCUCUCUGCUCCAGUGUUUGUUGUUGUUAUUGAACCAGACUCCACUGACAGCCUGAGCCAUGAGUGAGUUCAGGAUCCACCACGACGUGAACGAGCUGCUCAGCCUGCUUCAUGUGCGGGGAGGUGAUGGAGCAGAGGGCUACAUAGACCUGCUGCAGAAACACAGGACUCCCUAUGUGACCACCACAGUGUCUGCCCACAGUGCCAAGGUUAAAUUAGCAGAGUUCUCUAAAACCCCCGAGGACUUCUUGAGGAAGUACGAGGAGCUAAAGUCCAAAAAUGUUCGAAACCUGGACCCUCUGCUUUAUCUGCUCUCCAAACUCUGCGAGGAUAAAGAGACACUCCAGUUUCUGCAGCAAAACGCCAAAGAGAGGUCGGAGUCAUCAGCGAACACGACGUCCACCACAACUACCAGUUACAGUCUGCCUCAGACCAGCACCAAGAUGUCCAUGCAGGAGCUGGAUGAGCUGCGGAAGAAGCUCGGCAACGUUACGGCCGGCUCCAACGCUCCUCUGCCCGCUGAGGUCACACGGAAGAUGCUGAGGGACAAACACAACAAGAAGAACCCGACGCAGCCCAACCCCGUGUUCCCUAACUGGGUUUAUGACCGCCCCGCUCUCAUCGGAGACUUCAUCACCAGCCCGACUCCUCCAGGAGAUCCAGCAGCAGCAGCCAUCGGAACCAUGCCGCUGCCGGCGCAGGAGCAAGCUCUGGUGGAGGAUCUGCUGUUUGUCCUGGUUGGAGUCGACGGACGAGACAUCACCGCUCAGCCCGUUCUGGGGAGACAGAACCGCUCCUUCAUCGUGGACUCGACGCUGGACAUGUCCAUCAAAGAGCUGGUCAACAGAAUACUACCAGUGGCGUCGUAUUACUCCACUAUAACACGCUUCAUUGAGGAGAAGUCGUCCUUUGAGUACGGACAGGUGAACCACGCGCUGACGGCGGCCAUGAGGACCCUGAUGAAGGAGUACCUGAUCCUAGUCACUCAGCUGGAGCACCUCCAGCGGCAGGGUCUGCUGUCCCUGCAGAAGCUUUGGUUUUACAUCCAGCCCACCAUGAGGACCAUGGAGAUCCUGGCCUCCAUCGCGUCCUCGGUGGACAAAGGAGAGUGCAUGGGCGGCUCGACGCUGAGUCUUCUUCACGAUCGAACCUUCAACUACACCGGCGACAGCCAGGCUCAGGAGCUGUGCCUCUACCUCACCAAAGCAGCUAGCGUCCCGUACUUUGAGAUCCUGGAGAAGUGGAUCUACAGGGGCAUCAUCAAGGAUCCGUACAGUGAGUUCAUGGUGGAGGAGCACGAGCUGCAGAAAGAGAAGAUUCAGGAGGACUACAACGACAAGUACUGGGACCAGAGGUACACCAUCGUACAACACCGGAUUCCCUCCUUUCUACAGAAAAUGGCAGACAAAAUAUUAAGCACAGGGAAAUACCUCAAUGUGGUGCGUGAGUGCGGCCGCGAUGUGACGUGUCCCGAUGCCAGAGAGGUCCUGUACACCCUGAAGGAGAGGGCUUAUGUGGAGCAGAUAGAGAAGGCUUACAACUACGCCAGCAAAGUCCUGCUGGCCUUCCUCAUGGAGGAGAAGGAGCUGGUUUCACGCUUGAGAUCCAUCAAACACUACUUCCUGAUGGACAAAGGUGAUUUCUUCGUGCACUUCAUGGACCUGACGGAGGAAGAGCUGAAGAAGCCGGUGGACGAUAUCGUUCCUCCCAGACUGGAAGCCCUGCUGGAGCUGGCUCUGAGGAUGAGCACCGCCAACACGGACCCCUUCAAAGACGACCUCAAGAUUGACUUAAUGCCUCAUGACGUCAUCACUCAGCUGCUGCGGGUGCUCGCCAUCGAGACCAAACAGGAGAAGUCCAUCACCAACGCCGACCCGACGGACGUGGCCCUCAGCGGGCUGGAGGCCUUCUCCUUCGACUACAUCGUCAAGUGGCCGCUCUCGCUCAUCAUCAACAGGAAAGCCCUGACGAGGUACCAGAUGUUGUUCAGACACAUGUUUUACUGCAAACAUGUGGAGAGGCUGCUGUGCAACGUGUGGAUCAGCAACAAAGACUUCAAGCUGUACUCUUUACAUUGUGCCAAAUGGUUUGCUGCUGCGUUUGCCCUCCGACAGCGUAUGCUCAACUUCGUGCAGAACAUCCAGUACUACAUGAUGUUUGAGGUGAUGGAGCCCACGUGGCACGUCAUGGAGAACAACCUGAAAACCGCGUCAAACAUCGAUGACGUUCUCUGUCAUCACACCAGCUUCCUGGACAACUGCCUGAAGGACUGCAUGCUGACCAACCCAGAGCUCCUCAGGAUCUUCUCCAAACUCAUGUCUGUCUGCGUCAUGUACACAAACUGCAUGCAGCGCUUCACUCAGAGCAUGAGGUUAGAGCGUCUCUCUCUGGAGCAAGGCACCAUGGAUGGGCCUCCCACUCAGAGCGAACAUGCUGAGGAGGCAGAGAAGAAAAGGCUGAACACAAAGUUAUUAGCGGAGCAUGCAGACACCCUCCAGUCAGACGCAGGCUUUGAAGCCACCAUCAGCAAGUUUGACAGUAACUUCAGCAUGCUGCUGCUGGACCUGCUGGACAAGCUGAGCAUCUACAGCACCAACGACUGUGAGCACAGCAUGAUCAGCAUCAUCUACAGGUUGGAUUUCAAUGGGUUCUACACCGAGCGUCUGGAGAAGAUGGCCAUAGAGCGGAGUCAGAAAGCAUCAGUGUAGCAUAAAAACGCAAUAAAAACACAUCCUUACUGUCUGUCCAUCGUUACCAUAACUUCCAUUCAGACAAAAGAGCCGAUGCUUCAGUGUGUAUAUUAUAUAUCAUGUACUGUUUGACAUGUUGAGUUACAGUCUGGUGUUUGCAGCUUCAUUUCAAUGCUUCAAAUUGUAAAGUUUAGGAAACGAUGAACUAAUGUGUUUAUUCUGAUAAAAAUGAAAAGUUGUGGCACUCCAUGUGGGUAACUUAUUGUACAAUGAAAAUGUAUGUUUGUAUUCAUUAAAAACAAGAAUUUACUGAAUGAAU